AUGAUGUCAUACCUCAAAGUUAUGAUCAUAUGGAACAUUCUUUGCUUAUCCCUGGUGGUCCUUUCACUGUCCUUGAUUCCAGAAGUGUCUUCUCAAGAUGUAUCGAGCUGUACAGGGAGAUGUGGGGCAGGGUACUCUAGAGAGCAUGACUGCCAGUGUGAUUUUAACUGUCACCACUACAUGGAGUGCUGCCCUGACUUCAGGAAAGUCUGCACAGUGGCCGCCUCCUGCGAGGGACGCUGCUUCGAGGCCUUCGAGAGGGGAAGGGAGUGCGACUGCGAUGCCGACUGCGAGCGAUACGGCAAAUGCUGCCCGGACUACGCCAAGCACUGUAAAGAGGCACACACGGAAAAGCCAACCCCGGAGACUCCUCCGGAUAACAAAUCAACAUCUAAAAGGUCCUCCACAGAUGAGGAAGAGCCACCAGAGGUAGCUGUGGAAGAUCCUGAAAUCCAAGUGACAACUCCUGUUCCAACUACAGAACCUGCAGAGACAACCCCUGGAGCCACAGAAGCACCAACUACCACGGAAGACAGUCCCACAACCCCAAAGGUAGAGGAUACAACCCCUGACGCCACAGAGGAACCAGCGACCGAAGCCGAACCUCCCACUCCGGAGACGGCAGAAGAUGUGACCCCUGAUGCCACCGAGGAACCGGUGACGGAAGAGGACCCUACUGACCUGCCCUCAACACAAGAUCCAACCCCAGACCCCACCGAGGCACAAGCAACUGAGACCGAGCCUCCCAGCACCCCCACACCAGAGGAGACAACCCCAGAGGAGCCAACAACCCCUGCACCAGAGGAGACAACCCCAGAGGAACCAACAACCCCAACACCAGAGGAGACAACCCCAGAGGAACCAACAACCCCUGCACCAGAGGAACCAACAACCCCAACACCAGAGGAGACAACCCCAGAGGAACCAACAACCCCUGCACCAGAGGAGACAACCCCAGAGGAUCCAACAACCCCUGCACCAGAGGAGACAACUCCAGAGGAACCAACAACCCCAACACCAGAGGAGACAACCCCAGAGGAGCCAACAACCCCUGCACCAGAGGAGACAACCCCAGAGGAGCCAACAACCCCUGCACCAGAGGAGACAACUCCAGAGGAACCAACAACCCCAACACCAGAGGAGACAACACCAGAGGAGCCAACAACCCCCGCACCAGAGGAAACAACUCCAGAGGAACCAACAACCCCCACACCAGAGGAGACAACCCCAGAGGAGCCAACAACCCCUGCACCAGAGGAGACAACCCCAGAGGAGCCAACAACCCCUGCACCAGAGGAGACAACCCCAGAGGAGCCAACAACACCCACACCUGAAGAGACAACUCCAGAGGAACCAACAACCCCCGCACCAGAGGAGACAACCCCAGAGGAACCAACAACACCCACACCUGAAGAGACAACUCCAGAGGAACCAACAACCCCAACACCAGAGGAGACAACCCCAGAGGAACCAACAACACCCACACCUGAAGAGACAACUCCAGAGGAGCCAACAACACCCAUACCAGAAGAGAAAACACCAGAGGAAGUGACAACUCCUAAACCAGAGGAGACAACUCCAGAGGAGCCAACAACCCCUGCACCAGAGGAGACAACCCCAGAGGAGCCAACAACCCCUGCACCAGAGGAGACAACCCCAGAGGAACCAACAACCCCUGCACCAGAGGAGACAACCCCAGAGGAGCCAACAACCCCCACACCAGAGGAGACAACUCCAGAGGAACCAACAACACCCACACCAGAGGAGACAACAACCCCCACACCUGAAGAGACAACCCCAGAGGAGCCAACAACACCCACACCAGAAGAGACAACACCAGAGGAAGUGACAACUCCUAAACCAGAGGAGACAACUCCAGAGGAACCAACAACCCCUGCACCAGAGGAGACAACCCCAGAGGAGCCAACAACCCCUGCUCCAGAGGAGACAACUCCAGAGGAGGUGACAACCCCUGCACCAGAGGAGACAACCCCAGAGGAGCCAACAACCCCCACACCAGAGGAGACAACUCCAGAGGAGCCAACAACCCCCACACCAGAAGAGACAACCCCAGAGGAGCCAACAACACCCACACCAGAAGAGACAACACCAGAGGAAGUGACAACUCCUAAACCAGAGGAGACAACUCCAGAGGAAGUGACAACUCCUAAACCAGAGGAGACAACUCCAGAGGAACCAAAAACCCCAACACCAGAGGAGACAACCACAGAGGAGCCAACAACACCCACACCAGAGGAGACAACUCCAGAGGAGCCAACAACCCCCACACCAGAAGAGACAACCCCAGAGGAGCCAACAACACCCACACCAGAAGAGACAACACCAGAGGAAGUGACAACUCCUAAACCAGAGGAGACAACUCCAGAGGAACCAACAACCCCCACACCUGAAGAGACAACCCCAGAGGAGCCAACAACCCCUGCACCAGAGGAGACAACUACAGAGGAACCAACAACACCCACACCAGAGGAGACAACUCCAGAGGAGCCAACAACCCCCACACCAGAUGAACCGACAACCCCUAAACCAGAAGAGACAACUCCCGAGGAGGUGACUACCCCUAAACCAGAAGAGACAACGCCAGAGGAGGUGACAACCCCUAAACCAGAAGAGACAACACCAGAGGAGCCAACAACCCCUAAACCAGAAGAGACAACACCAGAGGAGGUGACAACUCCUAAACCAGAGGAAACAACUCCAGAGGAGCCGACAACCCCUAAACCAGAGGAGACAACUCCAGAGGAGGUGACAACUCCUAAACCAGAGGAGACAACUCCAGAGGAGCCGACAACCCCUAAACCAGAGGAGACAACUCCAGAGGAGGUGACAACUCCUAAACCAGAGGAGACAACGCCAGAGGAGGUGACAACUCCUAAACCAGAGGAAACAACUCCAGAGGAGCCAACAACCCCUAAACCAGAGGAGACAACUCCAGAGGAGCCAACAACCCCCAAACCAGAGGAGACAACUCCAGAGGAGCCAACAACCCCUAAACCAGAGGAGACAACUCCAGAGGAGGAGACAACGCCAGAGGAGGUGACAACUCCUAAACCAGAAGAGACAACCACAGAGGAGCCAACAACAAAGGCAGACUCUCCCACCACCCCUAAAGCAGAGGAUGCUGACUCUCCGACCGCCCCUGCAGACCCUGAGGCCAAUACCCCUGCCAGUAAAGCCACAGCUUCUCCAGGAAAUGCUGCAACCACCACAGUUGGGGAGGACUCCACCACACUUGUGGCAGGCACAAUGCUUUCAGAUACCACAAUGGUGGACAUGGAGACAACAACACCCAAGAAAGACAGAACUACUCUGCUUAAAGACAUUUUCACAGCUGCAACUGGGAAAGACACAGUUACUGUAGCUAUGGUGACAACAGCUAAACCAGGGGAUUCUCCUAAAGGUAUGGAUGACAUUCCAAACACAACUCCCAUGGGCAAGCAACCUGUCACUGCAGAAGCUGAAUCAGAAACAUCUUCUACAGACACCAAGACUGCAACAACAGCAGCCACAGCACCCUUCCCCAGUCCCACUGUGCUGGUAACAACCAUCAAAGAUUCAACUCCUCAACCCAAUGAGGCUGUAACACCAAAUGAAAAAGAGACAACUACAGACACUGAGCAGGUUGGGCCAGCAGCAGACAAAGAGAGCCCAGCUGCUACUUGUGUUAUUGUGGAGAUGACAACAGCUGAUAAAAAAGAGGUAACAACCAUCAAAGAAACAGACACCACACCUGAAAAAGAAAUGGAAGAUGUCACUGAAAAGGCCCCUGGUAUUUCCAAAGAAGAUGUAACUACAGUUACCAAAGAAACCACAACAAGGGAUAAGAAAGACACAAUAGAAGAAAUGUAUCUUGUGUCUAAUGGGACAUCCAAGCCAACAAUACAUUUCCAGGAGGUCACUGAGGCCAGAGAAGAACCUCACCCAACUGAACCUGAAACUCUGCCAGUGAAAGAAGAGCCAGAGAUAAACAAGCCUUUAAUACAAGUCGGGGACCUGCCAAUGUUCCCUGGAGAAACACAAAGUAACAAGAACGACGAGAAGGACCUGUGCAGCGGCAAGCCAGCGGACGGCAUGGUAGCCCUGCCCAAUGGCACCCUGGCUGUCUUCCGAGGUCACUAUUACUGGCUGCUGAACGGCCGGACCCCGCCGACCACCAAUCCCCGCCGGAUCACCGACGGCUGGGGCAUCCCCUCGCCCAUCGACUCCGUCUUCUCCAGGUGCAACUGCGAUGGGAAAACCUUCUUCAUCAAGGGUCCCCUGUACUGGCGCUUCACUAACGGUGUUAUGGAUCCAGGCUAUCCCAAACCUCUUGCAACUGGAUUUGCAGGGUUAAGUGGGAGAAUUGUAGCAACCCUCCCUGUGGCAAGAUACAACAGCAGACCAGAAUCUGUUUAUUUUAUCAAAAGAGAUGGAAACAUGCAGCAGUACGUGUACAGACAAGAACCAGCCAAGAAGUGUCAAAGAAGAGCCCAGGUCACCAUCCGCUACCCUGCCUUUGUGCCCAGGGUCGUGAUCCGGCGGCGCUUCCAGCGUGCUGUGCGAGUGCCAACCGUCAUCCGCACCGUCAGGAUCAACCCCCACUCCUCUGGUGUUCUGCGCAAGGAAAUCCAAAUGACAACGUACUGGAGAGGGCUCCCCAAAGUCAUCCACUCAACUCUCUCCGUGCCCAACCAGAACAAGCCCGAUGGCUACGAUUACUAUGCCUUCUCUUACAAUCGGUACUACAGUUUGGAUGUUGGCAAAAGAAUAGCACGACCUGUUACUGCUCUCACAGGAAAGACUGUCUCCAAAGACUGGUACAACUGUCCCAGCAAGUGA